UAUUAUAAGGUAGCGUCUUUUGAGGCAGGAAGUUUAUGGCCGACAUUAGCGCGUCAAUUUAAUAAUUUUUCUUUAACAUAUUAUAAGUGCGUAGACAUGCCUGCAAGGGGGAUUAAGUUUAACUUUGAACCCGGUGAAAGUGUUCUCUGUUUCGAGCCAGAUCCGACAAAGGCCAGAGUAAUAUACGAAGCAAAGAUUUUGGAUACAACAGUAUACAAUGAUGAAGAUGGUAAGAAGAAACCUGGGUAUCACAUACACUUUCUUCGUUGGAACAACAGCUGGGACAGAAUAGUUGGUGAACAGUUGGUGCUAAAAACUACAGAGGACAACAAGCAUUUAAUGAAGCAGCUUUCUGAUGUAGCAAGAAAAAGCAUGAAGAACAAAGUACGUAAGAAAAAGAUUAAUGAAAUUCUCACAGAGGCGUUUGGGGCUGCCAAUCCAUUUGCAGAUGAGGGCGGGACAGAUGAUGGCAAUACUACCGACACCAAUGACACAGGAGAUGAGAGUUCUGCUGAGAUGGAUGCAGGUGAUAAAAACAAGGCUGAUGAGCAGAAGAAAACUAUGCGAUCACAAAUGGCCGUUGACAUAGACAUACCAGAUUCCUUGAAAGCAGUGCUGGACAAAGAUUACUUUGCAGUUCACCAAGGAAAUAAAUUUGUGCGUCUGCCAGCUGAGGUGAAUGUGGUGACGGUGCUGGAGAGUUUCGUCAAGUCUCUCAUGAUGGACUUUUGGAGUCCCAGCUAUGACCGCUCCAUCCUCUGUCACAACCCACCCAAGAUCUCCAUCGACAGAAUUCUUCCGAUGUGCAAGGAGUAUGUGGAUGGUGUGCGCAUCUGUUUUGACUUCCUGCUUUCCACAACACUUCUGUAUGAGACAGAGAAGGAGCAGCACCAAAAACUCAUGGUUUCCUUCUCCCACCAGUCACCUGCCAAACAAAAAAUCCCUGGGGAUGACUCGCCAUUGUUAAAAUCUCCUCACUCCCGUAGCUCAGUGUUGCUUACGAAAGACGAGUCGUGUCCCAGACUGCCCAAGUACUCUCCAGCCGAGGAAGACGAGGAGGUUACAUUCAACCCUAAAUCAACACCAGUCUCUGCAAAACGAACUCUUCGAAGCAGGUCUGGCAUUGAAUCUGGCAAGAAACUUGAUUUUGAUAAACAAGGUGACUCUUCUGUUAAGGAUGAAAAGGAGGAAAAUGUUAAGGACAAAAAGGAGAAAAAUGUAAAGGAAGAAAAAGAGAAAAAUGUGGACUCAAAGUCAAGGAAAAGACGAGCGUCAGAUCGUCUGGAGGACAGUCUUAAAAGGAGACCACUUAGAAGCUACAGAAAAUCCAGUGAAGAGUCAAAUGAUAGUGAAAGUUCAAAACCUGAAACUUUUAAAUCAGAGCUUUCUAAGAACAAAAAGACUGACAAGGAUGAUCCUUCCCCACCGCCGUUAAUCCCUUGCAAUCUUCUAGGAACUCGUGGACAAGGCAAGGCAGAUAAGGCUGCGGGAAAGGAGGCCUCAGGAAGUGUAGAUAGCGUCGGGGAGAAUGGCCAUGAGAUCUUGUCCACCAUACUGCAGUGGCGGCUGCUUCCUGUAGAGGCAUUGGCAGAGCUCCCUACCUCUCCUGCACUGCUGUACGGGGCACACCACCUGCUUAGGCUCUUUGUAAAGUUUCCUGAUCUACUUAACAAGAUGGAAAUGGAUGAAAACAAACUUGGUGUCUUGAAGAAACUCACCCACCUGUUGCUAGAGUACAUGUCCCAGCACACAGCCCAGCUGUUUCCUGAGAGUUCCUACACUACCACGUGUGACUUGUGAUUGACAGUCAGCCAGUUUUAAUGAUAGCCCAUGACCAGCCUACAAAAACCUGUCAGUGUGUGUUGGGCUGUUGUACUUUUGUUGUGAAUUACCUAUGGUAAUAUUUUUACCAUGAACCAGAAUGCUAUGUGGGGCAGAAGAUGUAAUUUUCCCAAAUGCAAUACUACAUGUGAAUUAUCUGUACAUAAAGAAUAUGAAGUACAACCUAAUUGAUGGAGGGUUUUAAUAAAUUGAUCUGCCCUCACAAAAAUUAAGGAUAUUAUAUCCCCCAAAGUGUUUUUUAAGUGAUCCGUUUUCCAAGUCUUUUUUUAUCAUUUGUAAAUAAAUUUCAUCAACAUUUCAUUGAAGCAGGGGUGUGAUUUCUCCUCCACUUAGCUGAUUUCCUCCCUUUAUAUGUCAAACUUAUUUUACAAAUAGUUAUUUACUUUGCUGGAUAUAUGGAGUUGUGUUCUGAGGAAACUGGGCAUAAUGCAUGUGCGUAAAAAGUGGUCACAGAUUAGCCUGUGCAGUCCGCACAGGCUAAUCAGGGACGACACUUUCCGCCUAAAUUGGAUUUUUGCUUAGAAGAGACUUCAUUUAAACGAAAAAUGUCAUAAAGCGGAAAGUGUCAUCGCUGAUUAGCCUGUGCGGAUUGCACAGGCUAAUCUGGGACGGCACUUUACGCACAAGCAUUAUGCCCAGUUUUCUCAGAAAGCGACUCAAUGUAUAAAUAAGGAGUUUAAUUGAACCCUGUAAGGUGAGUAGGGCAUUUUCCUGCCCUAAAAUGUUUCUUAAAUCACACCCCAGCUCAAGAUAUUGUAAUUUGAUUACAGAUCAUAUGUUUUUAGUGAUGCAUAGUGUACUCAGUACAAACUGACACAUGCCACUGUCAGCUGUUAUUAAACAUGGCAUUUGAUAGUAGCUUUUAACCAUGAUCUGUUAGUUAAAAUGUUAGUGUUUUAUCGCCAUGAUGUGUUAUUCUUGUUGCAGUUUGUCAAAUCGACUUGUUGUAGCUUGCUAUUGUAAUACUUCAUAUUGGUUACUUGUGUAUGGUUGGCAUUAUGGUUGCUAUUACAUUAAAACAUGUAGGUGAUUGAGAUAUUCAAUAAUUAAAUAAUAAUUAAUUAUAUAUUUUUGCUGUUAAAAAGGGAAUGAUAUAGGUUUUACUGUAACGAAUAUCCACAUUUAUGCGUUGCUUUAAAAAUGCAAUGUGAACAACCAAAUGUUUGAUGUAAAAUAAUAAUUUCAAUGAUGAUAUACACUUUGACAUACGAAAAAUGGUUGCUGUUAUUUGACAUGAUCAAUUGCAUUUCUUUCCUAUUGUUGCUGUAAAAAAAUGCAAAUUUUAAACUUAUGCCACUCAUUUGGUAUUCAUUACAGUUAUUUCAUGAAAACUUACUGCAUUAUUUAAGUACUUGUGUUUUGUGUAAAUAUCCGGUAAAAAGAGUUCAUUAACGUAUGCCAAUAUGAUUCCUUACAGCAGUUUCUGUUGCUGACUCUAUGUAGUUCUGAUAGCCAUAAGAUAUUGUUGUAUUUUGAUAUCACAUACAGAAAAAAUUAGGAAAUUAUAUCAAGCAUACAAUAAAGUGUAUCAGUUAUUCAAAAGUGCAUGCAAUAUUAAAAUGUUCAAACUAUU